AUGCGGAAAAAGUUCUUUGUCUUGCGUUCCGAGAGCAACACCGGCCCAUCGCGACUCGAGUAUUACGACAACGAGAAGAAGUUUAGACUAGGCGGAGAACCCAAGCGGACAGUGCCUCUCUCUGCUUGCUUCAACAUCAACAAAAAAUCAGACGCUAAACACAAGCAUGCCAUUGCCCUGUACACAAGAGAUGACUGUUUUUCGUUGGUUGCUGAUGAUGAGGAAUCGCAACAGGAGUGGUUGAGGGCGCUGCUGGAGCAGCAGAGGGCCGGAGGAGAUGGCAAACUCAUUCCUGCGUUCGAGCAUGUCUGGCAGGUCACGGUGAAGCCGAAAGGGCUGGGAUCCAGUCGACAGCUCAGUGGCAUCUACCGACUGUGUCUCACAACGUCGACUAUCAGCCUUGUCAAGAUGAACUCAGAGAAUCAAGGAUUGGAGUUUUCAUUGUCAGCGAUACGUCGCUGCGGUCACUCUGACUGUUUCUUCUUCAUGGAGGUUGGCCGGCAAUCUGUGACUGGUCCUGGAGAACUAUGGAUGCAGGUUGAGGAUACAGUGAUAGCUCAGAGCAUUCAUGAAGCCUCCUUGGAAGCCAUGCGUUCAGUUCGACAACAGGAAGAAAUGCGUCCACGAAGCCACAGUAGCACCAUGAGCUCUGGCAAUCCUGGCUCCGAAGCCAAGUCUCACUCGGCCUCGACGAGCAGACGGCAGUCCAACACACUUGGACCAUCUUGGAGGACCAGAUGUGACAGCAUGCCUGUGCCAAACCGUGCGAUGCCCGGGUCCAGGUCCGGCUCCAGGUCCCGAGGGAAUAGCGAAGGGGAGGAUGGGCAGCCGAAGGAAGAACAGCAUGCCAUAGCGAGCAGCAGCAGUCCACUGGUUUCAAGGGUUUCAUUCUCCUUUAAUAAGGAGACAAAUAAUGGAGGUUCACCUGAGAACGCCCUGCAGUCAGACUGCGUGUAA